GUGUUUCUUAUCCGAGGGGAUCUCUAUCCUGCGCUAACGAGCCACUUGACCUCCCUCGGUGCGCGCCCCUGCUCCCGGAGUGACGCAAAAAAGAAAAAGUGGGCUGGCGCAGCGCUAAGUGCAGCAGUUUGGAGGAGAGGGCGAACUAUCACCAGUCAGGCAGACUUCAUCCUGGAUCGGCCGGCUCUCCCUCUCUCCCUUUCUCUCUUUCCCUCGGAUGUAAAAACCAAUGCAAAGUCCUCGUGUGGCUGGAGAUCCCGGGAUGUGUACGGAUGUGUGUGUGUGACAAAGUCGAGGCUGCACGUCCCCCCCCCCCUGCCCAACACUUCACAGCAGCCUCCUCCACUCAGUGUAGCCGAGAGGCGCUGGAUGAAACUUUUUUCUUGAAUGAGUAUCCCGCCUCUGGCUGGCACAUCUGGACGCACGGCACACGGAGCUGUCAGGUCCUGCGCCAACUUUAAACCGGACCGGACCCGAGCUACCCCCGCCUCCUCUCCCGCUGUGUCCUCUUCUAAACUCCAAAGCGGAAUAUUGGACUUUUUUUGAUUUUUUGAUUUUUUAAACUUUUGUUUGUUCCUAUUUGUUUUUAUUAAUAAUUGAAAGGCACAACAAUGGAACAGCCGGUCCUCAGAAUAACGUGCGUCCUGCUGGUUGUCUGUCUCCUGGAUACAAGGGUAGACUCCAAUGAGAUCCUGGGCCUGAAGCUCCCCAACAUUGACCCGAUCCUGAACGCCAACACGGUGUGUCUGACGCUGCCGGGGCUGACGCGGCGCCAGCUGGACGUGUGCAUGCGCAACCCGGACGUGACGGCCUCGGCGAUCCAGGGAAUCCAAAUCGCCAUCCACGAGUGCCAGCACCAGUUCCGAGGGCACCGCUGGAACUGCUCCAGUCUGGAAACUCGGAACAAAAUACCCUACGACAGCAUCGUCUUUAAGAGAGGCUUUAGAGAGAGCGCCUUCGCGUACGCCAUCGCAGCAGCAGGCGUGGUGCACGCUGUGGCCAACGCCUGCUCCAUGGGCAAGCUGAAGGCAUGCGGCUGCGACGAGAAGCGCCGCGGGGACGAGGAAGCCUUUCGCAUCAAACUGCACCGCCUGCAGCUGGAGGCCAUCCACCGCGGGAAGGGUAUGGUGCACGGCGUCAUGGAGCACUUCCCUGCCGACCUGCCGGGACCCCAGGACUCCUGGGAGUGGGGCGGCUGCAGCCCCGACGUGGAAUUCGGGGAGAAGUUCUCGCGUGACUUCCUGGAUGCUCGUGAGACCAACAAGGACAUCCAUGCCCGGAUGAGGCUGCACAACAAUAGAGUUGGGAGACAGGUGGUGCUUGACCACAUGAGAAGGAAAUGCAAGUGCCACGGCACGUCGGGCAGCUGCCAGCUGAAGACCUGCUGGCAAGUCACCCCGGAGUUCCGUGUGGUGGGCUCAAUCCUCAAAGAGCGCUUCCACAUCGCCACACUUAUCAAAGCGCACAACCGGAACACGGGGCAGCUCGACCACUCCCACCACAACAACCACCACAGCCACAACAACCAUCACAGCCACCACAACCACCACAACCACCACCAUCAUCAGAACAGCCACCAUCACCACCACCACACACACCGGCGGCGGCCGAGCGUCAGCGAGCUGGUCUACUUCGAGAAGUCGCCGGACUUCUGCGAGCGGGACCUGGGCUCGGACUCGACCGGCACGCAGGGACGGAUCUGCAACAAGACCAGUUCCGGCAUGGACAACUGCGAGAGCCUGUGCUGCGGCAGGGGACACAACAUCCUGCAGCAGACGCGGAGCGAACGCUGCAACUGCAAGUUUCACUGGUGCUGCUACGUGGUCUGCGAAGAGUGCAGGAUAACAGAGUGGGUCAGUGUCUGCAAAUGAAGAAACACACGUCAAACAGACUUCAUCAAGAAAACCAAGGACAAAGAGACAUUUUAAAAACCGAGACUUUUCAUUUUGAAAGGGGGAAUAUGACUGUAAUAUUUGUACCCCCGUUUCCUUUUUUUGCGGUGGACUGCUGUUUUCCAGAAGAGCGAGGACAGUGCAUGUGAAGCGGUCGGGCCGGCAGACAGAUAGACGUGCGUGGGGGUUGUGCACAUGCAGGGUUUGUGUCAAGCUGCCACAUCGCAGAGAGCUUGGACGUUUUACUGCCUUCCUCUUGAGACAAAGGGGACACAAUUAUAUCAGAUGAGUAUCUGAAAAGUCCGGACAUGAGAUCUGAGCUCUGAAAAACAACAAACUCUUAAUGUUGACUGACAUUCAGCUGCGUGCGAUUCAGGUGGGCAGAGAGGAAGUCGAGCGUAAACGGCAGAUUGCAGAAAGAAAGAAAAUAAUAUUGCUUCAUAGCGCCUGAGAUAUUUAAGGUGGAACGGCUGAUGUCUGCAGGGGGAAGGGUUUUCAACCACAUCACAACUCAAACAGUAGUCCCUCCUGUGUCUAUAUAAUAUCACAGCAUUAACAUUUAGCAUUUGCUGUCUCCAUCUACAACAUACAGGGACAAACAUAGAGCUUUACAAAGACACAAGGAUUCACAAUGCACGGGAUUUGACACAGCACAACACACUUGGAGCACUUAAGGAUUUAGUGCCUUGUUCAAGGGGCAGUUACUUUUUCAGUGUUUUAUAGCAGAUAUCAUGUUAUAUAGAGGACAUCAGGGGGUUUGUAAGGCUCAGGUGGAUCAGUCCUAAAUCUCACCCUGCGAAGUGUAAUGACACAAUAAAUACAUCCACGCAGUUUGGUACAAAAAAAAAAGGCGGAAAUGAGAAAUUCAAGUCCCAGGGCAAACUGGAGUGUUUAGUGGGAAUGUCAAAAUUCAUAAAUUAGAAGUUUGCAUUAAAAGAGCAAAACUUUAAUAAUAAUUGAUGGCAACUGUGGAAAGGAGGGCAUUACAGCAAUGAUGAAACCCCCUGGGACUCCUCAUGUCAGACCCUGUCAUCUGAAAGAAUUUCCCUUUCUAUACAUGGAAGAAGUUUGAAUCAAAUUUACUUUCAAUAGAGUAAAAACACAAGCACUAUAUUCCUCUACACUAUGAGACAAUCAACCUUCUGUGACCUAAGCACAAACAUUUGUUUUCCAGACCUCCUUAAAACACAUUGUCCUGCAUUGACAUGUACCCAAAACGCACCAUGUGUAGUGUGUGUGUGUGUGUGUGUGUGUCUGUGUGUGUGUGUCUGUGUGUGGUAUCUAACGUAAGAGGCCUGUCAGGGUACACCGAGUGCACGGCAACAAUUCAAUUCAACACAUACAGCUUUCAUGUUGAGCACGAUCUGAACGGCACUGUAAAUAAAAAAAACAUAUUGAUGCUGCACAAUAAUAUGAUCAAUACAUUUGAAGUGCCCUCGGGCAAACGAGUACACGUGAACAGGCGUUCAGGUCCUCGCACUGUAAACAAUCCGACGUGUUGUGAUGCAUUGUGCUGUGUGUGUGUGCGACACUGAAAGCUCCCUGUAUUAUAUCCACACUCACCUCCUUCACAUUUCUUUUCAACGUGCACGACGGAGAUGUUCUGUCAUCGACUUUAAAAGGUGUAUAAUUAAGAUUAGGUCGAUAAGGAUUUCUGCCUGUGCACAUGUUGAAGAUCAUAUUUUUAUUGUUGAGUGAGGCUCCUUAUCAGACGGUGUAAUUUAUUUCAAGCAGAUGUGUUUUAAGUGUUAAGAGCAGAGGGGGGGCGGGGGGGGGGGAUAAUGCUUCAAGUGCAACAGAUUAUUUUGAGUAGUUUUGCACAUACAGAACUGUGUCCAGGAAAAAACUCUGGGAAAAAAAUCUAUUAUAUGCAUUUUUCUUUUUUCCACGUCUAAAAUGUAAUGUAUGUUCGUAUUUUUUUAUGUUUUAAUAUGGUUAUUAUCUAAGUUAUUUUAUUUUUGUGGAUAACUUAAUAUUUGUAAGACAAUUUAAAGGAAGACCACAAUAUUGAAAAAGGGGCUUUAAUGUGAUGAAUAAUAAAAGACAUGAAACCAGUGGAUUUGGUAAGAGAACCGCUUCGUGUUUGUUUUGUGAUUUAUCGGCUUCCAUCAGCAGAGGGAUGAUG